UAACGUCCGCGCACUUUAAAAAUCAACCCUCCACCGCCGCUAGCCCGUACACUUUUUGGCCUCCUCCAAAAUCUGGAGGGCUACCACGUUCUUCCCCGUCGGUCGUCACCCAGUCCGGGACACCCCCUGUCCUAUCCGUCCAUGAAGCUGAUGGCCCGACUGAUCGACCGGCCGUGGUUCGUCGCCAUGGCCGCCUCCUGCUUCACCGCGGCUAUCAUCCUCACGGCUGGCCUCAGCCACGACAGCCUCCGCCCCUACCUUCCGAGCGCGUACAUUCCCCAGGCCGGUUCCUCCGCCAAUCACAUGGACGCGAUCGUCCACUACGCCACCUCGCGGAUCGUCCCCCAGCAGUCGCUUGCCGAGAUCCGGGUGAGCUACGCCGUGCUCCGCCGGCGGGCGCCGUGUAACUUUCUCGUCUUCGGGUUGGGCCACGACAGCGUCAUGUGGGCCAAUCUCAAUCCAGGCGGCACCACCCUCUUCCUGGAGGACGACCCCGAGUGGGUGAGAUCGGUCGUGAAGGCCUCGCCCACCGCCCUCCAAGCCCUCACCAUCCAGUACCAUACCCGCCUCUCCGACGCCGACCGUCUGCUCGAGUACUACCGGGGCGAUGCGGAAUGCGGCUGGACGGUGGUGGGGCGGUCGGGGCUCAAGGGGUCGAGGUGUCAACUGGCGCUCGCCGAUUUGCCGGCGGAGGUGUACGAGAGGGAAUGGGACGUGAUCAUGAUCGACGCGCCGAAGGGCUACAUCGGGGUGGCACCGGGGAGGAUGGGUGCUAUUUACUCCGCCGGGGUGAUGGCAAGGGCCCGGCGGAGCCCUGGCGAGACGGACGUGUUCCUGCACGAUGUGAACCGUCGGGUGGAGAAGGUUUAUGCGGAGGAAUUUCUGUGCGUGGGAAACCGGAUGGAGAGCGUGGGCCGGCUGUGGCACUUCAGGAUACCGCCGGAGAGGAGGAACAUCAACCGGUUCUGUUGAGGCUCCGGAUACACAGGUGGUUCGAGAUAUUGGUCAGUUAUCCUCAACUGUUCUGGGUUUCGCCGGAAGUGUCCGGGACAUUGGUCGGGGGAGGAGGAACUGGGUCGGGUCAACAUUCGGAGCGCGAUUCCCGCGUACGGGGUGCUGUUUCUGGUGCUACUCGGUCCUAGAGCUCCCCUCUUUAAUUUAACUUUGUUUUUCACUUUUCGCUUUUCAUCUUGCGUGUUUAUCACUCUUCUCAGCUCUCCCUUUCUCACUAAAUUGGCAAAUUCACUGUGUUCCAAUUUUGUCUCCGGUCUACGGAUAACGUUCACGUUUACCUUUAAUACAAAAUCA